CUUUUACCCGAGGCCGGUGGGGAAGCCUCGGAGCGGAGCCAGGAUCCCUGGCGCUGCCUCAGAUUCCCUCAGCCGCGCCCUCCUGCGGCCGCCGCAACCGCCGCCCUGUCAGCGGGGCGCCUGCCCUGCCCGCCGGCACCGCUGCCGUUCCCCGGCGCCACCGAGCCUGGUGGUGCCGCCGCCGCCUUCCUCCUUCCCGCGGGGGUACUGCGGCCGUGGAGCGCGUACGCCCGGCUGCGGCGGGAGGAUGAGGCGUCAGGCGAUCGGAGCAGAGGAUCCCUGCCCUACGCUGAGAAACAACAUCAGACUCUCAGCAAAGAUGCUUAUAGCUCAGCAGGCACUGCACCAGGCCACGUCAAACUGCCAGCCUGGGGCAGCAGCAGCAGCACCAGAGAGAACCACACAGAACACUGGCUCCUGCCUCCCGCUGAUCUGCAGCAGCCAAAACCUCCUGAAAUCACCUUCCUCUCCUCAAAGAAACGCACCAAACCUGCUCUAGAGAACAGCACGGGGCUGAGGAAACACCUCCUGCAGUAUGGAGGGGCCCUGCCCCUGGAGAGCACGACUGAGGGGCCUGCUCCUGCCUCCUUUGACUCCAACCACGCCAACAGAAAGCACACGGACAGGCGGCUGGCUGAGGCUGCCAACAGUGUCUCGGCUCACUUCCACCACGCAGCGUCUUCCUAUCACAAGAUGACAUCCUUAGUGGAGGCUCAUCUCCUUCCAGACUCUGGAGCACUGGAAGCAGGUGAUCCUAAUGCACUGGAUCACUUCAACCGACCAGGCAAGAUUGUCCCCUACAAACAUACCGAUCCCUUCCAAAAGAUCACCAAACCCUCCUGGGUCACCAACCGCCAGUCAUCCAGCUUGCUGUACCACCUCAGUUUGCUAAAGAAAGAUGGUGAUAAGGAGAAGGCAUGUCUGACUGAGUGCAGGAAAGAGAGAGAUGAAGUGGAGGCCUACUGCACGAGUGAAUUUGCAGUGAACGGGAUUGUUUAUAACAUGGAAAAACUGGGGAACGGCAUCCACCUGAUCACACUUUUGGUAAACAACGAUGGACUGUACAAGAUGAGUCGCCUCUAUACUACUCCUGAUGCCUUCUUCUUUCGAGUUCACAUUCUAGUUGUGGAUACUUUCAACUGCAGUAAACCGUGCCUGGACUUGAAAAUUGGCAGCAGGUACAUUGUGAUGGGUCAGAUCUACCACAAGAGACGACAGAUCUCUGCAGACCUGCUGCCUUUCCUGCGAGGGCGCCUGAGCCCGGGGGAUGGUUUGCUUCGGAGCGGCAGCAGCUACGUCAAGAGAUUCAACAGGAAGAGGAACCGCAAGGUGCUGGCGGCUCACACCAAGUGCAGAUAAGGCUUCAGGAACAUCCCUCUGACAGGCAGCAGCAGAAUUCACCAACCAGAAUACACCAGGCCGUGGUUUAGCAACAGCAGAA